AAGUAAAGAAUCAGCCGAAGACGUCUUUGACUGGUGGAACGACACUUGAUAGCACUAUUGAUAACGCAUUCCUCAGACCAGCUUGCCGACCAGUUUCCUUUGGCAGUCGUCGCCUCAAGUCGCAAACAACUCCAAUCGUCAAUUCGCUUUUCACGAGCUAGUUUUGUCGUCCGUGGUCUUGCAUCUUGGACCAAAAACAACCACCUAUUGCCGCGAAAAAACGGCCGGCUUCAUUAUCAGCCGUAACUUCUCGAAUUUCGUCACAGCAAAUUGGCUGAUAUACGGGUUUCACUUAUAAGGUACGAUAUAUGUUUGGGUGCAAAAUAGACUCUUCAAGGUUGCUUAUAGAUUAGGACUAACAAUCUCUCCUUCUAAACUAGAUAUUCGUGGAGAAAUAUCCAUAGUCAUGUUUUCAUUUCCUUAUGUACCAUCUCAGUUAUUAAUAGAAUCAAAGUUGACAUACAGUAGUUAUUUCCUCCCUGUCAUGGACUGUACUAAUGAACACGACACGAGCGCAAUCACUAACUUUUAAUGUCUUCGGUUUCGCUCAAUUUCGUCUGAAAGGAUGUCUCGUCAUGUUGAGUCUAACAUCUUUGCGCUUCUUGAAGUUGAAUAAAGACUUACGCGUUCAGUCAUGAAUCAAGUACAAUGCGUUAUGUCAAAGACCUCCAAAAGACAGACGUAAACAAAAAGAAAUAUGCAUUAUUGUUGCAUUUUAUUUUCUUUGAUGACCAGUUUCGAAAGAUGUAGUACAUGUACUGCACUAUUUUUUGUUCCAAAAUCGAAAUGUAUCAGUUACUCUCUACUUAGGUCAAAUAAAGAGGAGCAUCGAGACGUUUACCAUCGCUUAGAGCUGAUCUCGCGGGGCUGUCGCGCGAUUUGUCUGUAACUGACUGCCUCUUUUAAAACGUUCUAAAAAAGCUUUGUAACUUUGAUGUAGUUUACAAUCUAGGUCACCGAUUUUUCAGGUUUCCUGAGGUUUUACUUGAUGAACCAACAAAACCUGAACUUAACAUUUUAGCCAGAAAAUAUUAAUUCGGAGAGAAAUUUGGCUUUUGAUUAUCAUGCUUAAAUCCAUGUUCCUAUUAGGCCUCAAAGUGAAUUUUCGCCAGCUUUUUUUCGAUAUUUGUAUCAGUCAUAUGAGUGCUUUUGAAUUAGGAACGGAAGUUUGGUAAUCAGGAUGCGCAGAUCAAUUACAAAGAGGCAGUCGCGAAGUAAAUUUUCGCAAAUCAUUGUUACUGCAGCAGAUGCCUGCCGAUGCCUGUUUAAUUUUCACUGAUGAGGAUGGAGAGUAUUUAUGAUUUGAUUGCCUUUUAAGAAGUGUCCGCAUACCUGCUGCAUAAUGCAUAAUUUUUUUCUCUUCUUUUUAUGACGCAUUUAACCGAUGUAUUGUCAACGCGAAUACUAAAAAUAUUGUGUAGUUCAAGUCAAGGCAUUCGCUGCAGCUGAAAAGGAACUGACCAACACGAAAAAUACUUUUCAUACUCAGAAUGAACGUACAUUUUCGAUUUUACAUAAUUUGGCGCUACAUUAAAUUCCAGAGAGAAAUUAGGCCGCGAUUUUGAGCGCAUUUUUGAGCAGAAGACAAUUUCGAUCCUCUACAAGACAACCGCAACACAAGAGUUUUCUAGGUAAACAAAAAGGGUAAAGGAAUAUUUGAGAUGGAAACAUUUAAAAAGGAGUGCUAACGGUCUUAACAUAAUUAAGCGAAAUUUAGUGAUACGUACAAUUUGUAGCGUAGAUGUUUGUAAACAUUAUACAAAUAUGGCCGUUGCAACGCAUAUUGACUCAUUAGCAUGCAAAUGCGUUCUAUUUCCUCGUGAUGCUCCAGAAACAUGCCUUACACAGCAGAAUAAUAACUUAGCAUUGUCGCAUAAACCACAUUUUUAAGAGCAAGGCACUGUAAUAAGAUCCUUACACAAUAGGCUGGAACUAUACCACAACCUAUUUCAAUUUUAGAAGGCAAUAGCGUCGCGACAGUUUUCGCAUCUAAAAAAAAAUUGGUAUAAAUUUCACAAGUUCGUCAUUGGUUUGUGUUUGUAUCUUCUUAAUGCUCACUUACUGUUAUUUCUCCUUUGCGUAAAACGCAGCCAACCGAAAAAGUCAACUUAACGCGCAUUUAGCCUGCGUGCCUCCGCAAGCCUUGAAAAAGCUUAAAAAAAAAAAAAAAAAAAAGAAAUGCUCGUUUUGCUAGCUGAGCAAAAUUUCGGCUUACUUAUUUACUACGCUGAGUAACCUAGCUCACCUAAAAGAAGUAAUGGCAAACAGUAACGUCAAUAAAGAUUCGCUCGUAGCAAUUAACAAGCAAGUCAUGAGUGACAUGUAAUUCAAAAUGCUGAAGCUUGUCUUACCAGAUCCGUUAACAUUAAGAGACUACGGGUAUCGUUUAUCCCUAGGACGGGAUAUUAAUCUAUCGCGAGUAACCCUCCAUACAGCAAUUCUCUAAUUUUUCCUGUCUUUUUGUUACAACCGUUUUGUACUCUCGAGUAAAAAGAGGCAUUGUGAGAGUUACAGCGGCAUAUUGCUCAAGCACACAACACAACGAACCGGCCAGAGCACGAACUAGUGAACCUUUAAGACAAAACUUUUCUGCCUUACUUGAAAAUUGCCUGUGUAGUAAAAGAGAUGAAGAUCUGUCAAAUUCUGAAAUUUUUUUUUUGAUAUCCUUUUUACCUCGGGGGAAAUAAUGCAAAAAUUAAUUUGAGAGCAGAAAGGAAGGCGUUGUUCAGAAUGAUCAAAAUUAUAAAAAAUGCAAUAAAUAUACGAAAUCAGUGUUUAAUAAAUUGGAAAAAAUGUUUACUUUUAUGGGAUAUCGCGAAUAAUUUUGACGCUGUUUCAUUUUGAAUGAAAACGCUUAUUUCCCUAAUGUGGUGCCUUACGUGCGCUAACCACUCAGCUUCUUGGUCGUCAACGAUAAACAAAUAAUAAUAAUAAUAAUAAUUAUAAUAAUAAUAACAGUAAUAAAGAAAUAAACCCCGAGACUUAUCGCAAGGAUUAUACUUGCAGGUCAUGGACAAAUCGGCCCAAAAUGAAUUACUUUAUACAUUGUGUGGAUGUUGCGCACUUCUUUUCUGCAUUGUUGUGUUCCUGUGCAUCACCGUGAGGCGAAUCCGUCUGGACCUGAAUGAACUCGCAAGAAAUGGAAACAUUUACACUGAACCCAUACAAGGUGGCAUGGAAGAGAGAGGAAUCAAAGGUAAGACUGACAUGAAAAGGUUGAGCUCGUCCGCAACCCGUUACACUGUGGAACCAGGCCAACCAAAGCCAGCAAACAGGAGGUCUGCGAUACAUUCAGAACCGGAUGAAACUAUCACAUACCUUACCAGGCCUGGUGAAGAGACUGCUGCUCAGAACGAUGGCUCGACUACCGAGACUAUUGCCUUGGGAUACGUCAAUCAAGCUUUCCAAUCAGGUGCUAAUGCCGACCAAGGAUGCACCUUCACCGGCAGCGAUGGUGUAUUCGAGAACGACCAACCAAUUUAUAGCAAUGAUGGCAAUGAACAAGAGAAUUGCGAAAAUGGGGCAGUGAACGAGCCAAUAUACGGGAACUGGGGCGAUAUGGCGGAUUUGAAUAACCCUGAACUGCCCCACAGAACAUACACUAUGGAUAUUGGUGAACUUAGUUGAGAAAAAUGUCUCACUAAGAAUUGCCGAAGAGAAUAAAUGGCUUUAAUACAAACCUGAACCGAAUGAAGC